AUGAAGUGGGCGGAGGCGAUCGCGCUACCGACGAACGAGGAGUCCGAGGCGCUGCUUCGAAUCCGGCACUCCUCCUCGCACGUGAUGGCCCAGGCGGUCCAGAAGCUCUUCAAAGGAACCAAAUGCACCAUCGGGCCGUGGAUCGAGAAGGGAUUCUACUACGAUUUUGACCCACCGGAGGGGCGGCCCUUCAAGGACACGGACCUGCGAAAGAUCAAGAAGGAGAUGGGCAAGAUCAUCUCGUACGGCCUCCCGUUCGUAGAGGAGGUCGUGAGCUACGAGGAGGCGAGGCGCAGGAUCGAGGCGCAGGACGAGCCGUACAAGCUCGAGAUCCUCGAGACGAUCGCGCGCGACCCGGCCGCUCCAAUCACCAUCUGGCACACCGGCGAGCCGGGCGACAAGCGCGGCUGGUGGGACCUGUGCGCUGGCCCGCAUGUCGGCUCGACGGCAGACCUGCCAGCAGAGGCGAUAGAGCUCGAGUCGAUUGCGGGCGCCUACUGGCGCGGGGACGAGGCGCGUCCGAUGCUGACGCGUAUCUACGGCACCGCGUGGGAGACAGUCGAGCAGCUGGAGGAGCACCGCAGGCUGAGGGUGGAGGCGGCGCGGCGCGACCACCGCAAGAUCGGCAAGGCGCUCGAUCUCUUCUCGAUCCAGCAGGACGCCGGAGGAGGGCUCGUGCACUGGCACCCCAAGGGGAGCAGGGUGCGGCGGAUCAUGGAGGACUACUGGAAGGACUGCCACUACGAGGGCGGGUGCGAGCUGCUCUACACUCACACUCUCAUCGCGGCAUCGCUCGACCUGUGGAAGACCUCGGGCCAUUUCGACUUUUAUGCGGACGGCAUGUUCAACGCGAUGGAGGUCGAGGGAGCGCAGUACCAGCUCAAGCCGAUGAACUGCCCCUUCCACGUGCUCAUCUACAAGGACGAGCCAAAGUCGUACCGCGACUUGCCGCUGCGCUGGGGCGAGCUGGGCACCGUCUACCGCUACGAGAGGUCGGGCACGCUGAAUGGUCUCUUCCGCGUGCGCGGCUUCACGCAGGACGACGCGCACAUCUUUUGCCUGCCCGAGCAGCUCACGGCAGAAAUCCUCGGCAUCCUCGGCGUGCUCGACCUGACCGAGACCAUCCUCACAAAGUUCGGCUUUGCCGAGUACGAGGUGAUGCUCUCGACGCGGCCGGAGAAGGCGGUGGGGUCGGACGAGAUCUGGGAGAGGGCGACCGGUGCGCUCGAGGGGGCGCUGCAGCAGAAGGGGUGGAGCUACGGCGUCGACGAGGGUGGCGGUGCCUUCUACGGCCCGAAGAUCGACAUCAAGAUCCGCGACGCGAUCGGGCGGCUCUGGCAGUGCUCGACGAUCCAGUGCGACUUCAACCUGCCCGAGCGGUUCGACAUGGAGUACGCGUCGGCCGAUGGCACAAAGGAGCGGCCGAUCAUGGUCCACCGCGCCAUCUUCGGCUCGCUCGAGCGCUUCUUCGGCGUGCUCCUCGAGUCGACGGCGGGAGACUUCCCCUUCUGGCUCGCGCCUGUCCAGCUGCGACUGCUGCCGGUUGUGAGCGACGACUUUAAGCCGUACUGCGACGGCGUCAUCGCGCGCGCGCGCAGGCUGGGCUUGCGCGCCGAGGUGGACGUCGGCGGCCGCUCUCUCUCCAAGCAGAUCAAGAUCGCAAAUAAGGAGAAGGUGCCGCUAUACGCCGUUGUCGGCGCCAAGGAGGUCGAGGGCGGCACGCUCUCCUUCCAAGCGCGCACGCCGGCCGGGCUGGUCGACGGAGGCACCCUGCCGGUGGAAGUGGCGCUCCCGCGCCUCGAGCUCGCAAGCAAGUCGGGCGCCGCGGCGAUCGACGUCCUCCUCUCCAGCGGCGACGCCGAGGAUGCUGACGCGGCCGCUCCAGCGUCCGCGUGA